UCGAUUCGAUGCAAGCUAGAGAGACGACAAGAAAGACGGGAAGGAAAUUGGAGAAGCCGGAGAGAGAGGGUUUAUUUUCUUCUCUGAGUUCUAGCUUUACUAUACGAUUCUGUUAUGCUGUUCAUUGAAUGAACAUAUUGUUGUUAUAUUAUUACAUCUAUCUAUGUUUUAUCAUUUCUUCGAACGAAAAGCUAAAGAAAUCUAUCUACCUAUAUCUAUUUCAUCGCGAGUGAUGCAAGGUGCCUCCAUUUUAUUAUACGACAAAUUUAAUACAAAUGCAAUAUUCUGAUUUAUGAACAAAAGUAGCAAACUAUUAGUGUCUAACAUGUGAUUACAAAUGUAAAUAUUUAAUUGAAUUUAUCGCACAAAAUGGACGUGAAAGGUUGUAAUCGUGGGUGUUAGUUGAUGUGACUAGUAUAUUAUUUGGUUUUGUUUGGUGAUAAUCUUUGUGCAUUCAAUGUUUUUACUGAAGAACAGCGUUAAUUAUAACUACGUCGUUUGUGCUGAAUAUCUUCCGUCAAGCAUCGUCUGUAGUUGCUGAAUAAAAUAUCACACCGUCAGCCAACGUCAUGGCGUCUUCGGAGAAAAUAUGGAAGCGUCGAUGAACAGAUUCGAGGAUUGAUAGAGGUCACACUCAUAAAAUGACCUGAAUCUCAUUGAGAUAAUUUAUUUUGUGAUACAUCGCCGCAUCUACGUAUACAUAAGGCCUAUUUUAUUAUAAAAUAUUAAUAUUAUUAUAUAAAUCGCAGAUAUCACUUUCCCGGGUUCCUCUAGUUAUAGUGUCAAUUAACUCAAAACCAAAGCCAUUUUCGUGUUAAAAAUAAAUAGAAAAAAAAACAACAAGUUAGGUUACUCUACCUCUAAAAAAGUUAAAACUCAAAAUAUAUUUUUGUCUAACCAAAGCUAGUCUAAGAUGUCGAACGAAAUGCCAAUUUAUAGUCAAAUAGUACCAAAAUCACAAUAUCGCGCGAAGAAUUCGAAGACAUCUUCGAAUCGCGCGCAAAAUUUGGCGCGUACAGACUUCGAUCCACUAAAUUACAAUAACGGUGGGAAUUUUCAAAUGAUGACACCCAUAGAGAAGGUAGAGAGGACAGAGAAAAAAGAAUCUAAGCGAUCGAGAGACGAGACAAGCAGAGCGAGGAGAACCCAAAAUAGGAACGAGGCGAGCGAGAGUAAAGUCGAGGCAUAUUUGAGGCAGAAUCAAGUCAGUAUGAGGCAACAACAACACAGACAUUCGGCUGUACGACAAGCGGAACACAGAGUUAACCUUCGAUCUCUACCAUUAAACGAUGUGGCAACACCACGAAGUCACGAUCGAACUCCAACAGAGCGACAUCGAGGCUUCCCCGAGCGAGAAAGCACGAGAGAACAUCGCCGUGAGAGAGAAAGAGACAGGGACAGGGACAAGGACAGAGAUAGAGAUAGGGAGAGAGAUAACUAUGAUUUCGAUGGCACACCAUUGAGCCCUAUAGCGCCAAGGACCCAUGAAAAGGAACCAACACGUCCCGUUCGCAAAUCUUCCUCUGCGCACAGAGUGAGCGAGACGUCAAUUUCGACCGAUAAGAGAAGAUUCUACUGUCGCGAGUGGGCAUUCCAGAAGAUAGCUCAUUGCUUGGAGCAGAGACCCGUUAGCAAGACUUGUGGAGCUCUUAUUUUGGGGGACGCGGGCAGCGGUAAAACAGCUUUAUGCCAAGAACUGAGCGAGCCAGGCCAGGGUCCUCAGGCGAGGCAGCAGAGAGCACUGAACAGACGACUGCUUGCCAGGCAUUUCUUACAGGGCCACAACGACAGCAGCCUACGACCGAGCGAGUUCGUCCGCUCGCUCGCUAUGCAGAUACUGAGUCACUCGUCGCGGCGAGCGCGCACGGCUAACGAGCAAGAGGCACAGUCCGAACAGCAAUCCGACUCGCAAACUAACAGGCGUAAUUCUGAAGAGGAGAAUCUAGUCAGCCGUUUCCGAGGACUCGGAGACGACGCCGAGGAGAGCUCCAAACCCCUGCUUGCUGAUAGUGAAGAUCAACGUACAGACGAGGAGGACGGUGGCAGCGGGCGCCGCCGCCGCACUAUUGACCGUUUGCACGAGCGCGCCGCCUAUAGAGACUCGCUCGCUGACGCACAGCUCAGUCGCGCUGACGAGGUACCCGAAAUCCUACCUCGUGCAAGCGUAAAACCAACCAACCCAUUCGUAAACGACGAAAAAGACCCAGACUUCCGCACGUAUGAAAAUCACGAAAAUUUAUUCCUACGGAAUAUUUCACAACGACAGUCUAAAGAGUUAAGAAAUUCUAGACUAUUGCGCCAAAGCUCUGAGCCAUUGACGGAGAAGAAACAAGUCGUAUUACAGAAAAGUCUGUCAACAGAACAGAAGAAUGAUAGUGCAAGCGAAACUGAUAAACCCAAGAUAGAGAAUAGCCCUCCAAAAUCACGGAUCCCAGUUGCUAACUUCCGGUACCCUAAUAAAAGUGAUUUGCGUUCAGCAGAAAAUUCUCCGAAAAAGACCGAUAAAGAAGAAAGAAAGGAAGAAGAAUUACCAGAAUACCAGAAUAUUGUUAAGCCUAAUUCAUCACCUAUUCAAGAUAACCAGACUCAUGAGUUGGAAGUGUUAUUGGAAAAGAAGAGGUCUCAAAACGAUGAUGUUCCUCCACCCAUACCUAGUCUACCUAUAAGCCCCAGGACUUUAAUAGCAAAUGCAUAUUAUGAUAAGCUAUUAUCAGAACCUGAGAUCCAACAGGCAUUAUUGCCUCACAAUUUGGAGAAGAACCCUGAUGAAUGCUUUAAAAAGGCGUUGCUGUUCCCAUUGUUAGAAAUAGAUCCGCCAAAGCAAUGUUUGUUCUUGCUUGUGGAUGCUAUUGACGAAGGAAAUGCUAAUGGUCAACCCCCAGAGGAUCGCGAAGGCGAAGGUGCUAGCACCGUUGCGGCGUUAUUAGCUCGUCAUCAACAUCUAUUCCCACAAUGGUUACUUUUGGUGUGUACUGCUAGGAGACACUCUAGGACCUUUACUGGCAUGUUUACAGGGUUCCGUAAGAUCUCCCUCGACGAACUGCAGCGUGCGCAUGUAGCGGCCGACGUGCAACGGUACGUGCUCGCGCGCCUCGACGCCGAGCACCGCCUGCGUGCCCGCGUAUCGAGUGACUCAGCGGCGGCAGCGGCGGCUGCGGCCGCACUUGACCAUCUGCGUAUCAAGAGCGACGGAUGUCUACUCUAUCUAGAAAAGGUAUUGGACGGCGUCGCGGACGGGUUCAUCGCUCUCCGUGAGAUCCGAGAGAUCCCCGGUACACUCAACGGGCUAUACCUCUGGCUCGCGCAGAGACUCUUCCACGGCAGACGAUUCACUAAGGUCCGCCUAUUACUGGAUGUGCUACUGGCAGCCCGUUGUGGUGUUACAGAAGAAAUGCUAUAUAAGUGUUUACUGACUAAAGAGUAUAGCGUUACAAGAGAAGAUUUCAACAGACGGUUACAUCUGCUUAGAAGGAUCCUGGUGAUGGAGCGGAGUACGGGAUAUCUGUCCAUCUUUCACCAUUCAUUCGCCAAGUGGCUGGUUGACGUGAAGCACUGUACACGCAGAUACUUGUGCUGCCCCGCAGAUGGACACGCCGCCCUCGCUAUGUACUACACACUUGAUGCUAAAAGGUUGAGCGCGCUCGAAAUACACAACUACAUCUUCCACAUGACAAACCUAGAGCAGCAUUUGAUGACUCAGAAGAAAAGCAAAAAUAACGACCAAUCGGAUGAAACGGUAGAUCUUCACACGCUGUUCCUGUUGUGGGUUCUGGACUCGGGUUGUGACGUGGAGGCCGCGCUCAAGAGGGAGAGCGACACUAUCAAGCAAUUGGAAGCCUUUGAAGCGCAGAAAGAUGAUGGCAAAUCCGAAGAGAAAGAAGCUGAUGCCGACUCUGAAGGGAAAGAAUCAUUGUCAGUUACAGGCGAUCAGUCGACCUUAGAGACGAUAAUGCCCGAGCUCAUAUCAGGAUCGGGCGGGGCGGGCUGGCCGCGGGAUCGCCGCGUCUUCAGGACUCUACUGGAGCUGAGUAGAUCUGACUCUGUGACCGCUGAGAGUGAUGCCGAGGAGAUACGAGCGCUGCUAAAUACUGACCAGCCGUUAGAAACGGAGGAGAGUCACGAGGUAAAUGAAGAUGAACAAGACGAGACGGAAUUGCUGGACCCGAACUUGGUGCACGAGCUUGCUGCUAAAGGGGACGAAGAAACUCUCAUAGCGUUAUUAAAGCGUGCCCCCGGGCUUGCUAACGCGGUGGACGGCGCAGGCAGCACGGCGCUACACGCGGCGGCUCGCGCUGGCCGCGCCGGCGCCGCUGCCGCGCUGCUACGCGCCGGGGCCGCCGCCGGCGCCGCCGACGCCGAUGGUUGGAGCCCGCUGCGCGCUGCAGCCUGGGCUGGACACACUGAGGUCGUUGAAGUAUUAUUGGAAUUCGGAUGUGAUGUGGAUUGUGUAGAUGCUGACAAUAGAACUGCUUUAAGAGCUGCAGCAUGGUCGGGUCACGAAGCAGUAGUGUCUCGGUUACUAGCGGCGGGCGCGAAUCCAGACAAAGCGGACGCUGAGGGCCGGACCCCUCUUAUUGCCGCCGCCUACAUGGGCCACGCUGAUAUAGUACGAGCACUGUUAGACGCAGGCGCAGAGAUCGAUCAUGCCGAUGAAGAUGGUCGUACUGCUCUAUCGGUGGCAUCGUUGUGUGCGACCGGUGCCGCCUGUGCAGCACUGCUGCUCGAGCGGGGUGCCGACGUCGCUAAGGCUGACAGAGACAACGCUACACCGCUACUCGUUGCCGCAUUCGAAGGACACACCGAGAUCUGCGAGCUGCUGCUGGAGGCGGAGGCGGACGUGGAGGCGGUGGACGCGGCGGGCCGCACGGCGCUGUGGGCGGCGGCGGCGGCCGGCCACGCGCGCACGCUGCGCCUGCUGCUGUUCUGGGGCGCCUGCGUCGACUCCAUGGACGCCGAGGGCCGCACCGUGCUCAGCACCGCCGCCGCGCAAGGUAACGUGGAAGUGGUGCGACAGUUGCUGGACCGCGGUUUGGAUGAACACCACAGGGACAACUCGGGAUGGACGCCACUGCAUUACGCCGCUUUCGAAGGUCACAUUGAGGUUUGCGAAGCAUUACUCGAAGCGGGCGCGAAAGUGGACGAAGUGGAUAAUGAUGGCAAAGGCGCUUUGAUGCUGGCCGCACAGGAAGGUCAUACCAGGCUCGUCGAGUUGUUAGUGGACGAGUGGGGUGCGCCGGUAGAUCAGCACGCCCACGAUGGGAAGACUGCGUUCAGGCUGGCGGCGCUGGAGGGCCAGUUCGCGGCGGUGCGCGCGCUGGUGGCGCGCGGCGCGGCCGUGGACGCGCUGGACGCGGACCGGCGCAGCGCGCUGUACGUGCUCGCGCUCGACAACCGCCUCGCCAUGGCGCGCUACCUGCUCGCGCACUGCGGCGCCGACGUCAACACCACCGACGCGGAGGGUCGGACUCCAUUGCAUGUAUCGGCUUGGCAAGGACAUACUGAAAUGGUCAAUUUAUUAAUAAAAGUUGGUGGGGCAGUGGUCGAUGGCCGUGACCGCUGUGCGCGGACGGCACUGCACGCAGCAGCAUGGCGGGGCCGAGCCCCCGCCCUACGUGCCCUGCUGCAGCACGGCGCCUCGCCCUCCGCUGUCUGCACACAGGGCGCCACGCCGCUAGGUAUAGCAGCACAAGAGGGUCACGAGGAAUGCGUGCUGUGGUUACUGCAACAUGGUGCUGAUCCGUUACAAGCAGAUCAUUGUGGCCGCACGCCGGCGAAGGUGGCGUGGCGCGCGGGGCACGCGAACAUCUGCCGCCUGCUGGAGCGCUGGACCGCGCCCUCCGCCCCCGCGCCGCCCCUCGCGGCCCCCGCACUCGACCUGCCGCCGCCCGCGCGCCCGCCCAGCGCUGGUUCUCCCGAGUACAAGCGUCGCAGCGUGCACAGUUCCAACUCUACCAAGUCGUCGUCCAACUUGACAGCUGGCUCGGCUCGCUCGCACGACCACCACGAGCACGCCGCCGCCGACCACGCGCACAAUACACACGAUAAGGCUAAUCGCGCAAAUCUAUCCCUCUCUUUCACGCAACAAGUAGCGCGAUGCGGAAGAGGGAGAAGAGAUAAAGAACGAGACAGUACUAUACCGGAGCAUCAUGUUGUAGAGAAAGACUCUAAAUUAAGGAGUUAUGCAGCGAAUGAGCGAGACGCCGAUAUCCGCGGGUACGCAUGCGAGCGAGACAGGAGGCGUGAGGAACGGCACUACAGCGGGUACGAGCGGGACAACAUGAGUCCGCUAUAUGCGUCACCUCCAAGGAGCCCUGUCAGCGACAUAUGCAGUCCCACGCAGCCCAUACAAGCUUUUGGGUCUCAACCUCCGAGUUUAACCAAUCAGCCCAUACUAACAGACACGCACUUCAACCGGGACACCCACAUGCGAAUAAUCCUGGGGAGAGACAGCAAGCCGCAAGACAGGAGUGACAGAGAGGUGUACACAUCGAAGGGUCGCCUAGCAUACAACCGCAUAGUGGGCAGUAUCGGACGAGCGAGAGGCAGGAUAUUUAAGAAAACUAAGAGCAAGAGGAACGGUAUAGUCACAAAUCCGGCCAUGAGACUCGUAGCAAAUGUGCGAAAUGGACUAGAUAAUGCUGCGGCCAAUAUUCGGCGCACCGGCGUAGCUUUGGCAGCCAGUGCCAGUUCCGCAAAUCCCGCAGUCAAAACGAACGCUUUUCAGUGGAGGAAAGAGACACCACUAUAAUACAACCUAAGGUAGAACGAAAUGGAUAAACGACCGCUCCGAAGAGCGUGGAUACAUUUCCAAAUAUUUGGAUGCAUGUCCAGUGGGUGGCUCCAAAGAGUCCAAUAUUGGAUUGCGUCCGUGGUAGAGAUAGGGAAUAAUUUGCAAUAAUAAAAAAUGAUAAAUAUUUGUUACUAAUAAGGUAAUUAUUAUAAAAAGAAAUUAAUCUAUAAAAAUAAAUACUAAUUAUUAAAAAUUGGCAAUAUUUAUUGAACUAUAAAUAAUAAAUAUAUAAUAGAAAUUAUUCGAAUAAUAAUUAUGUACUUAUUCAUUUAACAUAAUAAUAUUAUUUACAACCUGUUUUUGAUUAAAACAUUUCAACCUUACACAAUAUUUUAAAGUAGUAGUCGGUUUAGUUUACAGAUCCAACAUAAUCGUGUCUAUAAAAAUGUACGUUUAAAAUAUUGGAUCCAAAAUUGGACGAUUGGAGCCAACCUUUGGACAGUCGAGUAGACACGAUGCAAAAACGAACGCUUAACGACUGUAAUGAAUAUUUUUAUUUUUUUAUGACUAUUCUUUUUAUAUUUGUAUACGACAUAAAAAUCUUGAUAUCAUUUUUGUUUAUCACUUUUGUACCUGAUUAUACAUUAUUUAAUUUCAGUACUUAAGAAUAUGUACAAAAAUAUAGUUCAAUUAAACUAUUGUGUACAUUUAUCGGCUCAAGUGGUAUUGAAUUCAAUACUCGGAUGAUGCGAAUGUGUGUUAUUAGUGCUUUGUUUGAGAUCGUUAUAAAUUAUAAUUUUAACCAUAUCGAUCGAAUUAUUUAUUAUCUUUCAAUAGUAAGAGGAAAGACGACAAAAGCGUUUCAAUCUGUUUAUUAAGAUUUCCAAAUACAAAGAUUUAAAAAUAUUUUUAAAGAAUGUAAUAUAGGAUUACAGUCUAUAGUUUAAAAACACAAUAGAUGGCGCUUAUCUCAAGUUUAAAUUCAUUAUGUAAUUCGAGAAGUCAGUUCGGAUACCUAAGAGAACGGAUUCAAGAUCUUUUUAUCUAUAAUAAAAAUAACUUGCGUCUAUAAUCCCUAAUGGAGCGGUCAGUGGCAUGUGUCGAUUGUUACCAUUGUCGGUUUAUAUAAUAAUAUAAUGUAUUUCAGAGGUACAUAAGUGUUAAACAAAACAACGAAUAUUUUUUUUUUAUUGUAUAAUCUCGAACAUCACUGUAGAAGCAAUGUAUUAAACAAAUAUAGCAUACAAUUGUAUUAUUUAGAAAUUAGUUUGUACGAACAAUUAUAUUUAACUGGGUGAUGUUUUAAAGAGUGUUUGUUUAAAAUUGUAACGUCCUAUCACAGUUAAAGGUGCUGUAUAAGGGUGUUUAGUAAUUUUAUUUUGGUCAGUAAUCAUUUAACUAAUUGAUGAUUAAACUAAACUAAUCGAUCGAUUAGUUUAAUAUUUAAAUUAAAGUUAGACUAUGAUUUUUGUAUUUACAUAUAUAAGAAGAAGAGAAACACAUUAUAUCGUUUAGAAGUUUAAAAAUGGGCAAAGAUUUCUGACCAAAGUAAAAUGAUAUUAUCAAAUUGAUUUUGAAUAAUAAAUCAGUAUUAAAUAUUAUGCAUUCAAUAUUGUAUCUUCAAAGUGAAUAGUACAAUGAUAAAGAAGCCUGAUCUCAAGUGAACAAAGCUGUAAAGUUUUUUUUUAUUAGAGAAAAAAAUUUUUCGUAGCUAAAUUUAGACGUAUAAUGCAUUUAAUAACAUGUUUGUAUAUUGGUAUAUACUAGUCUCGGGACGUGCGUACGAUUUCGUCAGCAAGUUAAUUUUAUAUUAAUCAUCAUUUUUUUUUUCAAUCAUUCAUGUUGAUGGCUCUAUUAAUUCAUUUAUUUUUUCUAUUUUCCACUUUCUUUUUUAAUAUUGUAAAGCGCAAUGGUUAAUUGUAAUAAAAAGAGGAACAUGUAUUUAUUAUUAUUUCUUUAAAGACUUCCUUUCCUAUAUGGUAAAGGUUGUUUAACUGGUUCAUGUUUAUCUAAUCUACUUUUUAACGAUUGAUAAAAAUAUGAUCAGUUUGAGCAAAGAAAAAUAUAACUUGUCAAAGUUACAGAGUGGACCUUGUCUUUUUAUUUUUGUCUGCGUUUUGGAAUUAUUUUGAAACUCUUUUGAAACAAAAAAAAAAUAAACAUUUUAUUUUAAUGAUUCUUAAAAGUUUUUUUUAUCAUUUAAAAUUUUAUCGCAGUAUGAAACGAAUUAUUUCGUAAAACGUACCAUUCGGAUACUUUUUGUUAAAUAAAAAUAAAGUGUGUCUUAAGUAGGGGGAAAAUUUGCUGCAUGACCACCAGAUUUGUCGACAUAACUUUUUUUUAUUAUUAUUAUUAAACGAAAUCUACGCAGUCUGAAUGUAAUGUCUGCACAAAUAUAUUGGGAUAACGUGACAAGUAUGUAACAUAGUGUAGUUUAUGAAGUUUUUAAUAUGGCAACACCAAACGACGACGACGAACGCUCAAAACCUUAGAGUCUAGAGCCGAAAAAUAUUGCGAACGAAUGUGUGUUUGUGAAAAUUACAAGUGGCUUGCACUAGCUUAUAUGUUUUGCAUAUAUUAGCAAGUGCUUCCAAAAUUAUGGGAGAAUGUGAAUGAAUAUAUAUAUAUGUCAACACUAAUAUAUAAUUAUAUCCAUCUUCAGGUUUAGUCCCACAUGGGGUAGGCAGAGAGAAUACGUAAUACGUAAUAAUAAUCGAUAUAAUACUAUUUAUUGCUUAUUAUAAAUUUAAAUUAUAAGUCAGCAAUCGAUGUAUCAGUUUAACGUUCAGAGGAUUUUUUUUUUAUGAAAAUUAAAUCAAAUUGAGCUCUCUUGUUUGAGUGAAGAAUUUGUUUUUUGUUAUUCAUACAGCUGAAGGAAUACAAUUUUUUUUUAUUUUUAUUUAUGACUGGCAGGCUAAUAACCUUAUAUUAAUUAGUCAUGUUUUCAAAUGUAUGGUGCAAUGAUUUCCCACUUUUGUUUAAAGAAAAAUACUCUUGAAGUUAGAGUCAAAGGAGGUUGUGUUAUGUUUGAAUUAGAAUAAAAAUGUAUUUGCUUAUGGAACGUUGGACAAUCGCCAAAAAAUCCGGUAAUGACAGAUAUAGGUAUGUAGUCAGUUUUCAAUAUCAUAAUUGUUUUUAAAUAACAGCUCUUUGAUUUAGUCAAUUGAUAGCGAAAUAUUAUUUUUUAUAUUCCAAAACGGCAUUUAUUAGUAAGACUUUCGAAUAACUUCUCCUCCAUGAUGUAAAUGAUAUAGAUUAUGAUUUAAUUUCCAUUUAACAUAGCGUGUAAUGUAAAGACUUAAUAAUGUAAUUAGUAACGUACUAGCCACAGUAAUCGAACAAAUGCGUGUAAAAAUAUUUCUUUUCUGUAGCUUGCCGCGUAAAUGUGACUUUAAAUAUCACAGGACAUAUUACACAGCGCCAUCUAGCUCCACUAAAUGAAGCAGAGUUUGUACUAUAGGUACUAAACAACUCAUAGAAAUACUUUUUUUUUCUAAAUACACUUUUUUUUAAUACCUUUGUUGGAGCAUUAUCACACUUUAGUUUCGUGGUUGGGCCAUUGUGUGUUACGGUUAGAGUGUGGUUAAUCCAUCCAACCUAAACUUUUCCAGAAGAUCACUGGGAUUGCCACUAGAAGGCAUCCCGGUAUUCUAAAGAUCUGCUCCAGUUUGUCGAUCACGCUCCAGUGUAAAUGUAAUAAUAAUAUUAAAUUUCUAAAAGAAUUGUUACCAGUGUGAUUAAAUGUAAAUCUGACUUUAUUAAUAAUUUAUUUAAAUACAAUAUUUGCCUUUCGUCGAGUUCAGUAGGCAGUUUCAGCUGUGAGAAACUGGCAACACACUCAGAUGUAACUGCGAAAAAAAUUUGUUGUGAAGUAUUAUAAAAAUAAUCUAUAAUAAUUCAUUGUAUAUUUAAGACAUACUAUUAAAUUUUAUUUACAGAGAGUUUAUACCUAUAUAAAAGCAAAAAUGUUUACAAAGUCGAUUAUCACAUUUAUGCGGCAGAGUCAUUAUGAAGUCAUUACGAAAUUAUAACAAAAAAAAAAUUAGAAUUGAAAACAAAUUCUCAAUGGGUAGUUGUGGUAGUUUUUUGGAAUUAUUAGAUAUAUAAAAAAUGAAUGAUUGAAAUAACGCGAGGCUGAUAAAGAAACGAUGUGUCCGUUUUAUUUUUUAUUUUUAAUCUAGUGUUUCUGAAACAUCGAUAUUUAUGUAGACUAUCGAUAAAAAUACUAAAAGUCAUAAUAGAUAUUGUAAAAAAAUUACGUUACGUCUUUAUAAUGUGUCGCUUUUCAUUAGCUUUAUUAAUAAUAGAAAAUGUGUUAAUAUUAUUUUAUUAAUAAUGUAAUUGUUAAUUGGCAAUCAAGAAGUAUUUUUUUUGUAAUUUUUUUCUAAUUUAUAUGUAUUAUUAAUAUCGAUUAUACCAAUUAAUCGAUAAUUAUUUUGAUGUUUGUUGAACAUCACUAUAUCGCGUGUCAUAUAUUGAGGCUAUAUAUUUAAAUAUUAAUUGGCAAUGAAACGUAUACAAAAUAUAAAGAAAAGCAAUUAAUGAUAAUGUACGAAUGUUCUUAUAUUGUAUCGUAUAGUGAAGUUAAGCUGUGAUCAAACGAACGCGGUAAAGUACAGAACGCGGGACAUUCUGCCAUUUAUAAUUCGUUUUAGUAUAUUAUCAUUUAAUACUGUUUUUUUGAUAUAAAAUGUGACAAUAAUACAUGAAUUAUGAACUAUUUGUACUAACUUAAUAUCUGUGUUGAUGUUGCAAGGUAUAGAGAUAGAGGUAUAAUAAAUAAUGACGAAUACAAAAUAUUUGUUGUCCCGCUGCUUGUUCAUAUCCGCGUCGGUUUGGUCAAUGCUUUGCCAGAUAUUAUAGUGAUAUUUACUUUAUAUUGUAAUCACGAAUCAAUUCUUGCUAUAUCGAGUCAAUAGUUUAGUUAUUUUAUGUGGUUUAUGGUAUUGAUAGAGUUUUUUAUUAGGUGAUACUAUUGCACAUUAAAUAUAUAUAAUUGGUGUUUAUUUUUUUUGCAACCGUACAAUUAUACUUAUGUUUUAUUAUAAAGUUAUUAUCUGAAUUUGAAUACUCUAAAAUUACCUUCGAGCGAAAUGGGACGUCAAUUGUUAAAAAUAAAAAAAAUAAUAAAAACUAGUCAUUAACAUCAGAUCAUGAAUAGUUUUUUUUUAUAUAUAUAUGUUCAAUAAGUUGAAAAAAAUUUCAGAAAAUGUUGGUUCAUAUCUAUUUUAUUUAAACACCAUUAUUCAGAAUUCUCCAGGUCAUGUUAUUUUUACAAUUUGUAUUGAUAUUUUGUAAUAUAAUAUGUAUGUAUACGUUUUCUACAAAUUAGUUUAUGUAUAUUAACCAAAAUGGUGGCCUCUUUCAAUGAUUCUGACAACGAAUGUAUAUCUAUUGCUAGUCUGUUAACAGAUAUCUUAGUAACUACUGGGUAAAGACGAGCAUAUUUGCUAAUCUUGUAACUUUUACUUUAUCCCCCCCCCCCCCUUUAGAAUAAAAACGUGAAGAACAUCAUUAUCUUCCUACCCUUAUCCUAAUUAGUAAUUGGUCGGCGUAAUAUGUUUUUAUCCAUAUUACAAAAAGAUUUGGCUUUUAGUUUUAUGACCGGCCGCCUGCCUGACGUCAACCCUCUUUGGGAAUACAAACGUGAAGAUAUUCUAUUUAUUUAGAAGUUAAAAUUGCAGUACUCUUUUACCCCAUUUAAUUAGUAAUAGCCAUAACAUUUAGUUCUGGUAUUCCUAUUUAUGCACACAAGAAUAAUGGUUUGUCUAUUUUUAGAAAAGCCUUUGUGGUGAGAUACUCUAUCUAGGUCUUAUUAGUCUGUGUAUCCUUCAGGUCUAAUCUUGUAUUUUUUUUUAUACAGCGAUAUAUGCUUUCUUUCUCUGAUACUCAUUAGUGAUGAGUACGUGUAAAAGAGAUGCACUAACGCUGAAACGAAAGGAAGGUGUAUUAAUUUAUGUUUGUUUUAUUUAAUUACAAAAAAUAAUGUAUGGAAAUUUUAUAUAUUAUAAAUUCUAUCAAAAUCGUAAACCAAAUUGUCCGUAGUUUUACAUCGAUGCUUUAUUGUGUAUAUAAUUAAAUAGUAUAACAAUAUUUAUUUAUUGAAUCACGCCCAUGUAAAACUGUCUUUUUUUUGGACAUUUAAUUUUUAUACUUUUUCGACAAAAUGAAUUAAAUGAAGUAAAAAAGGGCUAUUUACAAUGUGUACUUUUGUCUACUUUUUUUUUUUUAUUAAGUUAGACGGCGUAACAAAUUUUGAAUGUCCAAAAAAAAAAGCGGAUUGGGUUUAGUUUUUGUUUUGUAUUUUGCGUGUGAGUUUGGUGGCAUUGUGAUGUAGCUGUAUAGAUUACGGUGAAUUUGUACGAAUAGUGUAGUGAGUGCAGUACGGUAUAACUGUGUUGUGAAGAAAUAUAUUGAAAUAUAUAUAAUUUCUCUUAAAA